CUCCAUUGCUCUACGACAUGGCAUCUCGACGCCGACGCCUCUAUAGUUAGCAAUAGGCAUGCGAGAUGGGCCUUGCGAGCUUGAAAGUCAUACCAUCCUAGGCGCCAGUAACGCUCCGCCAGCGGGGCCCCGGGCUGGAAAUAGUUUCUGCCAACGGGCGCGAGAGUAUAGAGAUGGACGUCCUGCCUGAGCAGCUCAGUGUGCUGUCCUGACUCCUGAUCAAACUGAUCCCGCAACCUCCACGCGACCAUCGCAACACCUGCUCCUCGCCGCAGCAGCCCUCCCUUCACACCACCCACCGUGCCUUUGUCAACAUGAGCCAGGCUCUCUUCGUCGCGCUGCUGCUCCCUCUCCUCGCUCUUGCGCAGGACUCCGAUUCUGGCAGCGAGCUCCCUCCAGCAGGAUACAACGGUGGCUCAGACAACCCGCAGAGUUCAGACGAUGCUGGCGCAGCAGGGUCCUCGAAGGGUGCUUUCGAGCUAUCGUCUGGCGGCCUGAUCGCUAUCAUCGUAGUCGCCGUUAUCGUCGUCAUCGGCGGUAUCGCCUCAGCAACGCUCUGGUGGCUCGCGAAGAAGCGCCAGUGGGACGUCCGCCAAUCCAUCCGCCGCGCCUCACGUCGCAUGACAGGCCGCUCAGCAGUCGACACCAGCAACAACCGACAGAACCGGCGGACGGGGAUCCGUCUCAACUCGCCGCCGCCGGGCAGGAACGCAAGGCCCACGCAGGAGCGCGACGUCGAGAAAGCACUGCCGCUGGCGGGCAAGGAGGGGCGCACUACGACGACCAUCUCGAGCACGAUCCGGUAGACACCAUGGCCAGUGUUCAUUGUCUAGCGCUGUACCGGGGGGUUGGCGCGCGGGGGGCGCCUGGAGCGUAGAAGUCCACGGUGCAACCAAGCAAGCACACCCAUUAUCCCAGUCAUGUAUUCUCAUUCCCUUCUUCGCAACAACGAUAUCCAUGCCUUUCCGAUUCAGCAUCGUACACGGCGUAUGCAAUAUACCAGUAUCUCUAGAUUCAAACCUCUGAUUGGAUAAAAUCAAAUAAAUCUCAUCCUGUCCUAUCCCAUCGUCCCCCAAGACUGACUGCAGUGCUUGUGCAGACCACACCAGGCUGGGUGGGUGGGGGUGUCU